AUGAGAUACUCAGCUGCAGUUUUGGGGAUUGUUUUUACAUUGAUUUCUUGGGAUGGAGUAAAUUCAAAUGCCACCCAUUGUAAGGCAGAGGAGAGGGAAGCCCUUCUCGACUUCAAGCAAUCUCUCACCGAUCCUUCCAACCGCCUCUCUUCCUGGGUUGGUGAGGAUUGCUGCAGCUGGACAGGAGUUCGCUGCCACAACACCACUGCCCAUGUCAUCCAUCUCAACCUCUCCAAUCCAAUAUUCCCUAUUCAUCAUGAUGAUUAUUAUUAUUAUGAUAUUGAUAUUGAUUAUGAGUCUUUGUUUGCUGCGCAGAAGAGGUCCAGUUUGGGUGGGAACAUAAGCGGCUCUUUGCUGCAAUUGAAACAUCUUCAGCAUCUGGACUUGAGUCUCAAUCAUUUUCAGGGACUUCAGAUUCCACAGUUCUUUGGUUCCCUCCCCAAUCUCGCUUAUCUUAACCUUUCUUCUGCGGGAUUUGUGGGCGCCAUUCCUCCUCAACUUGGGAAUCUUUCAAGCUUGCAUUAUCUUGAUAUUGGCUGGAAUUCUGGUUUGUACGUUACAGAUGACGUGAGAUGGAUUUCCCAUCUCUCCUCAAUUGAAUUCCUCGACAUGAGCUUUGUCAAUCUCAGCCGGGCAUCUAAUAAUUGGCUUCAGGCAAUGAACAUCCUCCCUUCCUUAUCCACGUUGAUCUUGCAUUAUUGUUCCCUCAGCCAUAAUCUUCCUCUUUCUCAUGUCAAUUUUUCUUCCCUCGUCGCUCUUGAUCUCUCCGAUAACUCUUUCAGGAAUUCUUCCACAUUUGGAUGGCUCUCCAGUCUCACUUCUCUUGUUUCACUCAAUCUGGGUGGCACCUAUUUUACAGAUGGUUCGAUUCCAAUAUAUCUUCAGAACACGUCCACUACUCUUCGAUCCAUGGACCUUUCUGAUUGCAAUUUGAACUCUACCACACCGAACUGGUUUUCUGGUCUCUCUUCUAUUGUUUCCCUUGAUCUGAGUGAGAACCAGAUUCCUGGCUCGCUUCCCGCCCCUCUACGGAACCUAACUACUCUUCGGUUCCUUAAUCUUGCUCGUAACCAAUUCAACUUUGCAAUACCAGAGUGGUUGUACGACAUGACCGGCCUCCAAAGUCUCGAUCUUUCUUCCAAUCAUUUUCAAGGAUCAAUUUCUGGUGCUAUUGGCAACCUGACAUUACUCACAGUACUCGAUCUUUCUUUCAAUCAUUUUCAAGGAUCAAUUUCUGGUGCUAUUGGCAACCUGACAUCGCUUACAAAACUCCGGUUAUCUGGCAAUGACUUUGAAGGACGGAUUCCGACAUCCUUAGGAAACCUCUUCAAUUUGAGAGUUUUAGAUUUGGCAGGGAACCAACUCAGUGGAGACAUUUCUGAAAUUUUUGGAGAUUAUUCAUUCGAUUCGUGCGCCAAGGAAACACUAGAGUCAGGCCAAUUGCCCAAGCAUUUCGGAGAAUUUAAAAGUUUGUCCGUGAUUGAUAUUUCCGGCAACUCCAUUUCAGGCCCACUUCCAGUGUCCAUAGGGAAAUUAUCAUCCUUGAGGGUCUUAUAUAUUUCUUCCAAUCUUUUCAAUGGGAGUAUUCCAGAAACUCUUGGGAGUCUCUCUAAAUUAGAAAGUGUGUACAUCUCUAACAAUUCCUUCGAAGGCACCGUUUCAGAAGUUCACUUUGCAAAUCUGACAAGACUGAAGUUUUUCUCUGCUGCUUCAAACCCAUUGGCCUUGAAAAUAAGCCCCAAUUGGAUUCCUCCAUUUCAACUCCGUCGAAUUUCACUGAGGUCAACUCAUAUGGGACCCCAAUUAUUUCCUUCAUGGCUUCAAACACAGAGGGAAUUGGCAUAUUUAGGGCUAUCAAAUGCUUCAAUAUAUGGUGUAAUCCCAACUUGGCUUUCCAAUAUGUCGCAACUUUCCUAUGUGGAUCUAUCUCAAAACCAUAUCCAAGGCCCGUUGCCUCCUAUGCCUGCUACACUAAGCGAUUUAGAUCUUCAAAUAAUUACUUGA